AAAGGUUCACCUGCAUGCAAAUUGUGCCCCGAUGAAAAUUAACGUCCCCCGGAGAAGAUCACGUAUUAAUCGCCACUUCAGCAUUCGUAGCUUUACAUCUCCAAUAGUUUUUCUCUCUUUCCAUAAUCAUUCUUCUUGUUCCUUCUCCUUCAAGAACGGAGUUCAAUUCUUGCCCAAAUUCCCAAGCAUUUAAAGGAAUGGAGAAGGAAUUAAUAAAAAGGCUAGAAUCUGCUGUUUCACGGUUAGAGGCAAUCUCUGCCGGACCUGGGACCACCAUUUCAUCCAGGGGUUUCUCCGAUGAUGGUCCGUUGGAUCCAUCAAUAUCGGCAUUCUCUGAUCUAAUUGAGAACUACAUUAGCAAAUUUAUUGAAACGGCAGAGAAAAUUGGCGGGAAUGUUUUGGAGGCGUCGAAGGUAGUAGAGGAGGCUUUCUUAGUCCAAAAGGAUCUUUUGAUCCGGGUCAAGAAGUGUCAGAAACCAGAUGUUGCUGGCUUAUCAGAGUUUCUGAAGCCGCUAAAUGAAAUAAUUGUUAAAGCAAAUUCUAUGACCGAAGGGAAACGAUCUGAUUUUUCCAACCACUUAAAAGCAGCUUCAGACAGUCUUUCAGCCUUAGCAUGGAUAGCUUAUUCGGGAAAGGGCUGUGGCAUGAGUCUUCCCAUUGCACAUGUUGAAGAAAGUUGGCAGGCAGCUGAAUUUUAUAAUAACAAGAUUCUCGUGGAGUACAAAAAUAAGGAACCUGAUCACAUAGAGUGGGCAAAAGCUUUAAAGGAGCUAUAUUUACCUGGUUUGAGGGAAUAUGUGAAGACAUUUUAUCCAUUGGGGCCUGUUUGGGGUCCUGCAGGAAGUCCUGCUCUUUGUAACUCGAGUUCUUCUAAGGGAAAAUGCCCAGCUCAAUCCCCCGCUGCACCACCACCUCCUUCAAAAUGUCUUUUUAGCUGCGACACAUCAUCAUUGCAACCUAAAACAGGGAUGUCCGCUGUAUUUCAAGAAAUAAGUUCAGGCAAGCCAGUAACUGCAGGUUUGAGGAAGGUGACUGAUGACAUGAAAUCUAAGAAUCGUGUUGAUAGAAGUGGUGUUGUUAGUACAACUGAAAGGGCGCCUCAUGUUAAUACCUCUUUGGCUGCUAAAGCAACCCCUCCCAAAUUUGAGCUUCAAAUGGGUCGCAAGUGGGUUGUUGAAAACCAGAUAGGAAACAAGAGCUUGGUUAUUGCUGAUUGUGAUUCUAAACAGUCUAUUUAUGUAUUCGGCUGUAAGGAUUCUGUUUUACAAGUAAAAGAAAAGGUGAACAAUAUAACUGUUGAUAAAUGCACCAAGACAGGAAUUGUGUUCAAGGAUGUUGUGGCAGCUUUUGAGAUUGUCAAUUGCAAUAGAGUUGAAGUCCAAUGUGAGGGUUCAGCACCAACCAUAUCAAUAGAUAACACAGGAGGAUGCCAACUCUACCUCAGCAAAGAUUCACUAGAGGUUUCCAUAACUACAGCGAAAUCAAGUGAAAUUAAUGUACUUGUUCCUGGCGAAAGCCCUGAUGGUGAUUGGGUGGAGCAUAAUUUGCCACAGCAGUUUGCUCACUGUUACAAAGAUGGACAGUUUGUAACAUCACCAGUAUCUCACUCUGGUGGUUAAUUUUCUUCCCAAAUAUUGGAAUUUCCCACUAUGUCUAUUUUGCUACGGUAUGCUAUUAUAUCUCGAUAGAGGAUGCAGAGGAUUUUCAAGAUUUAUGCUUGGAUUGUCUGCUUAUUCUUUUGAUUCUUUUUUUAUCAGUUUGUUCCAGUUGUUCUUUCUC